AUGUCUUCCGAUAAAGACGCCUCUUUCUACCAGACACUCUUGUUACACACGCAUCUCGGGGGUCUUAUUAAAAGUACGUAUCAUAAACCAACAAACACAAGUUAUGGUGAAAUUCGUCGACCAACCAGUGAUCAGCUUGCUUCAUCAACCGGAUCUGAUGAUGAUUAUCAAUAUCAUGGAUCAAUUAAGGAUUAUCGAUAUGAUGGAUCGGUUAGUGAUGAUUCUAUGAUAUCUCAUUAUGAUCUAUCAAACAAUGAUGAUUAUAAUCCACCAACCAGUGAUCAUCAUAAUCGAUCAACCAGUGAUGAUUAUAAUCCAUCAAACAAUGAUGAUUAUAAUCCAUCAAACAAUGAUGAUUAUAAUCCAUCAUCCAGUGAUGAUGAUAAACCAUGGGAAUUUACUGAUUUGGCAUCGAGCAGUGAUAGUCAUCAUUCACCAACCAGUUAUGAAUUUGCUUUUGAUGAUACAUUCACCAGAUGUUAUGAUCAUUACCCAGCUAAUCGUCGACUCAUCAAAGACAAUACUCGUGAAAUAGAUGUUAACUUAGAUCUUACUACUGAGAGGGGAAAAUCGAGACAAAUGAAAGCAAACUUAUACGAAGAAUGCGAUAUCUCAAAAAAAAUCCUCCAGAAUAAAGUGUGUCUUAAAGAGAUUCAUGAGAUCAUCAAAUCAGUCAAUCCUCAAUCCAUUCUCACUGUACGUUGGGAAGUAGGAAAACCUAAAACUGGUGAAUGGAACCCUUUUGAUCUCUACGAACCAUAUCUCUUCAAUCCAGAUUGCUUCGGUCAUCGCACCCAUGAUCCAGAACUCUUCGAGCCAACAACUCUUGGUUACGCGAUCCAUGCGAAGAGAUUCCUUCAAACUUUUUCUACCUUUACCAAUUUGAAGACCCUGCAAUACUUUUCACAUGAUACUACUUCAAGAUUUGAGGAUGAGAUCUCAAAGACGGUUGAAAUGUUACCCAAUCUUGAAACCCUUGUCCUUGUUCGAGCGUGGCACGAAGUCAAGGAUUGGAAUAGUGAAGAACCGUGUCCGACUCCUGGUUUUAAUGAAGAUGAACUGAGUAAAUCGGUUGGACAGAGGCUCAGUUCUUUAAAAACACUCAAAAGAUUACACCUACAAGGUCUUGUGGCUCCACGUGAGUCCUGGAGCGAACUCGAUUGGAAAUCACCCUUGGAAUGUUUGAAAGUGGCUCAAUGCCAAUGGCUUCAUGGACUCUCCGUCUUUCCUUUCGCCCACGUUUUUCGACGAACGCUAUUAGCCCUAUCCAUUGGUCAUCAUUUACCUGCUAACUGGAAAGACGUCGAAGAACCCGAGAUAAGAUUUGUUAAAGAUUUUGAAGUUUUAGAAGAACUUCAACUCUUAACAAGCUUCGACCACUGUGUAGAAGAAUUAGAACAAAGAUUGCUUGAUGAUAUCUCUCAAGCUCCUAAAUUGAAACAUUUUGAAACUUUUUUCAAUUUCUCUCAUCACCUCUUUCCUCACAUCACCAAUGGAAUUCAAAAAGAUCAACCAGUUUGGCCAAGUCUUCAAACAAUUGUUGCUAAUGAUGGUAGAUCCCGUGACUAUAGACGGAUAGAAUUUCCUCACUUGGACAAGAAGCCAAAGACGAAGAAGAAUCAAAGUCCCUUCAGGUUUGGCUUACUAUAUGUCGAGUGGAAACAGCAUGAAAGGCUGUUGUGUAGACGCGGGUGGCCUAUCAACAAAAGCAAGUCUGGCUUAAUGUCUUUCUCUGAUGGUAGAGUCAUUGAAGUUCAGACCGAGUAUACAGAUCUCGAUGAUGACAUAGAGUUUUCUUUGGAAUUCGUCGAUAUCUCUCGAUAUUUAUCUUCAUUAAACGAGGCCAGUGAAGACAGUGAAGACAGUGAAGUCGAUGAUAUGACCCGUCAAGCUUCAGAAGUUACAUUACAUUAA